AUGGCCAACCUAGCGUCGACGUACUGGAACCAAGGCCGGUGGAAGGAGGCUGAAUCGCUGGGGGUGCAAGUGAUGGAAACGGGGAAGAAGGUGCUGGGAGAGAAGCAUCCCGACACGCUGGUCAGCAUGGCCAACCUGGCGUCGAUGUACUGGAAGCAAGGCCGGUGGAAAAAAGCUGAAUCGCUGGAGGUACAAGUGGUGGAGACGAGGAAAAGGAUGUUGGGGGAGGAGCAUCCCUCGACGCUGACCAGCAUGAACAACGUCGCUUUCACUUGGAAGGAUCAGGGCAGGCAUGCCGAUGUCUUGGCGCUGAUGAAGGACUGCGCGCAGGCUCGGCAGCAGUCUGCAAGAGUAAUACGUGGCCCCGAACCGUAUGGUUGCUCCCUAGCUGUUUGGGCCUUCGAGCACAGCUGCGAAGUGAUACCUGUACAAAGCGGUGGGAAACUGGUUUGCAGCGCCACAAGGUCCCUGGAAUGCACCUGA